AUGGAGGUCUCUGAAAAGUCCAAUUCCGUCCGCAGCCCGGCUGUGAUCGAUUCGGCUAGCGAGUUCUCCACCGACCAGAGGGACAUGCAGCGCAUGGGCAAGGAGCAGGAGUUCAAGCGCAACUUCAACUGGUUCAGCAGCAUUGCCUUCACAUCAUGCACGAUGGGCACGUGGGAGUUCGUAUUCGUCAACAACUUCCAGAGCCUUGUCGACGGUGGCAGGGCGGGCACGUUCUGGGGCUACUGCUGGGUGAUGCUGGGCCAGUUCUUCGUUGUCCUGUCUCUGGCGGAAAUGUCGUCCAUGGCCCCGACCGCCGGGGGACAGUAUCACUGGGUCUCUGAAUUCUCGCCCCAGUCCAUGCAAAAGAUUUCAAGCUAUGCAUCAGGGUGGCUCAGUGCACUGUGCUGGCAGGCGUUCGCGGCUUCUGACAGCAUCUUCACCGCCCAGCUGGUGAUGGCGGCUGUGUCGAUCGGAGACCCAGCCUUUUCCCCCGAGCUGUGGCAGACGAGCCUCCUCGCGAUGCUCAUAGCGGCUAUGGUCGCCUCUCUCAACAUCUGGUGCGCAAGGAGGCUGCCUGUCAUUGAGAACGUCUUCGUUUUCCUCCACAUUGCUUGCUUCAUCAUCGUGAUGGUCACAAUGGGUGUAACCAGUCAGAAGACUCCCGCCAGACAGGUCUUCCUGGAAGUGACGGACAAUGGCGGCAAUUACCCGACCCUUGGUCUGGCUGUCAUGGUCGGGCAGGUUGCCGCAAUGUACAAUGUCUGCGCAUCUGAUGCCGUAGCUCAUAUCUCGGAGGAGGUAAAAGACGCCAGCAUCAUCGCCCCGCGCGCCAUGUUCUGGUCCUUUGCCCUGAACAUGCCCAUCGCCUUCGCUAUCAUGCUGAUGUCGCUGUUCACAAUCCCCGACGUCACCGUCGCGACGACAGAAUACGCCUUCCCCUUCCUUGCGAUCCUGGAAAGCGGCAGCCUGCCGCCCGCGGGGGCCCAGGCCAUCACGUCCCUGAUGGUGGUCCUCAUGUUCAUGAUCGCCGUGUCGACGUUCGCGUCGACGUCGCGGCAGUGCUUCGCCUUCGCGCGCGACCAGGGCCUCCCGGCGUCCGACUGGCUGCGCCGCGUCGACCCGGCGCUCAACGUCCCGCGCAACGCGUGCACCCUGACCCUGGGCUUCACCAUCGUCAUGUGCCUCGUCUACAUCGGCAGCAGCGUCGCCUUCAACGCCAUCCUGUCCAUAGGCGUCGUCGCCCUCAUGGGCACGUACGGCCUGUCUACGGCCUGUGUCCUGUACCGCCGGCUGCGUUGGCCCGAGACGUUGCCGCCGGUGCGCUGGAGCCUGGGCCGCUGGGGUGUGCUGGUCAAUGGGAUCGGGGUGAGCUACGCCUCAUUUGCGUUUUUCUGGUGCUUCUGGCCGAUUUACUACUCUCCCACUCCGGAGACAAUGAACUGGGCCGUGGCAAUGUUUGGUGGUGCCACGUUGCUGGCCGUCGUGGCAUACUUCGUACGGGGUCGGAAGCUGUAUAAAGGCCCAGUAGCCACUUGUGAUGGUAGGCGGGUUGUUUGA